AUGGCCAGCAGCCGCUACUCCUUCCCGAGCAAGCCAAAGGCGAACCCUAAGGCGGUUGUCGCAGGCAGCAAGGGAUGCUCUCACUACCGUUUCACCGUCUUGACUGACCGGCUGAUCCGCUACGAAUGGUCCGAAGAUGGGGGGUUCGAAGACCGCCCGUCUUCCCUCGCCAUGUUCCGGUGCUUUGAUGUCCCGCGCUACCGAGUUGACGAGACGAAGAACAGCAUUGAGAUCAGCACGGAAUACUUCCACCUCACUUACGACAAAAAGAAAUUCUCCUCCAAAGGCCUCUCAGUCAAGGUCGGCGACGAUGUUUGGCGUUACAACGGCGAGAGCUACGGAGACCUGGGUGGCACCGCCAGGACCCUAGAUGGCGCCUGGGGCCGCGUCGACUUGGAGCCCGGAGUGCUCUCUCGCAAGGCCUAUGCUGUCCUCGAGGACACAAAAUCCAUGUUGUUUGACCAUCACGACGGCUGGUUUGGCACGCGCCACCCUGGCCGCAUUGAUGGCUACGUAUUUGCCUACAACGGUGAUCACAAGGCCGCUAUCAAAGAUUUCUACCGCCUCUCUGGCAAGCAGCCGGUUCUCCCUCGCUGGACGCUGGGAAAUUGGUGGUCACGGUAUCAUGAAUACACAACCUGCGAAUACCUCAAUCUCAUGGACCACUUCAAGAGCGAGGGCAUCCCUCUCACAACAGCAGUCAUCGAUAUGGACUGGCACAAGGUGGCCAUAGACCCAAAGUACGGAAGUGGCUGGACGGGCUACUCUUGGAACCGCGCCUUGUUCCCAGACCCGGAGGGGUUCAUGAAGCAGUUGCGCAAGCGGGGCCUGAAAGUAACGCUCAACGACCACCCAGCAGACGGCAUCCGGGCUUAUGAAGACCUGUACGAGGCCGUGGCCAAAGCCCUGCACCACGACACUUCGAAGGAGGCGCCAAUUGAAUUCGACUGUACCGACCGGAAAUUCCUCGACGCCUACUUUGACGUCCUGAAGGCCAACCUCGAGAAGCAGGGCGUCGACUUUUGGUGGAUCGACUGGCAGCAGGGAAACAAGACCAAGAUCCCCGGCAUCGACCCAAUGUGGGUGCUCAACCACUACCAUUACCUCACCAGCAAGCGCAACGUGAAGACCAUUGAACGGCCGCUUACCUUCUCCCGGUACGCGGGCGCCGGCUCCCACCGCUACCCGAUCGGGUUUUCUGGUGACACCCAGAUCACCUGGGCAGGGCUCGAGUUCCAGCCCGAGUUCACGGCGACUGCCUCCAACAUUGGCUACGGCUGGUGGAGUCACGACAUCGGCGGGCACUGGGCAGGUGUCCGAUCCAACCAGCUCACUGUCCGCUGGGUGCAGCUGGGUGUAUUCUCCCCGAUUAUGCGCCUACACUCUACCAAGAGCCUCUGGAACUCCAAAGAGCCCUGGAACUUUGAGAACGAAGCCCACAAGAUCAUGAAGCACUUCCUCAUCUUCCGCCACCGGCUCAUCCCCUUCCUCUACACCAUGAACAUCCGCGCCAGCUACGAGAGCGAGCCGUUGAUCCAACCCCUGUACUGGAACCACCCGACCGCCAAGGAGGCCUACACGGUGCCCACGCAGUACUACUUCGGCCCCAACCUCCUCGUAGCACCCAUCACCUCCCCCAACAACAACACCACGCUAACGGGCAGCGUCCGCGCCUGGCUGCCGCCCGGCCGGUACAUCGACCUGUUCCACCCGCACCUGGUCUACGACGGCGGCCGCUACAUGCGCCUGCACCGCGAACUGUCGCAGCUGCCCGUCCUCGCUAAGGAGGGCACCAUCCUUCCGCUGGACGGCACCCCGCGGCUCUCCAACGGUGCCCCGCGCCCAGCCGAGAUCACCAUCCUGCUAGUCGUCGGCAAAGACGCGCAGUUCGAGCUCGUCGAAGAGCCCGAGAAAGACCACCACCGCCACCAUCACCACUCGCAAAAUCAAACCGACACCGACCCCAACCUCAACUCAGACUCGGACGUAGACCCCGCCCUACACACCUUCGUGCGCACCCCGAUCACCUGGUCGCAAGCCGAUGGCGUGCUGCGCAUCGGGCCCGAGUGGAACGGCACGGGCCGCUGGCGCCAGUGGCACGUCAAGCUGGUCGGGCACACCAACACCGACGUGCAGGCGCAGGUGCCCGGGUUCCGCGUGACGCGCGACGUGUUGGAUAUUGCCUCGUCGUCGGAGGGAGGGGUUGGAACUGGUGGUGGUGUUGGGUGCACGACCAUCGCGCUGGGCAAUGUGCAUCGGUGGGAGCCGGAGGGGGGGUUCGAGAUCGCGCUGGGCAGGGAUCUGCAGCUGGAUGUGGUGGAUGUGAAGAAGCGCGCGUAUGAGGUGCUGCAUCGGUGUGAGAUGGGCUAUGAGGCGAAGGAUCCCGUGUGGGAUGUGAUUGCGAAUCAGAAGGAUGCCGUGGAGGAGAGGGUGGAGCGGUUGGUGAAGCUGGGGGUGGAUCCCGGGGUUAAGAAUGCGCUGAUGGAGGUGUGGGCGGCGGAUGGGAGGGCCGAGGGCAGUGCGAAGGGGCAUGAGGUGUGGGUGGAUGCGAAGGGGGUUGUGGAGGAGGCGGAUGUGGUUGAGAUGGAGCAGGCGUUGAAGGAUUAUGUUUUUGUUUGA